UUAUUUUAACCGGUUUAUGUUAAUAAUGAACAAAAAGAAUUAGUUUUUUUUAGUUCAUUGAAAACAAUAGAAUUUUUCCCAUUGUUUUUACUCUUAUCAGUUUUGUUUGCUUUAAGUAAUAGGAACGAAAAUAUUUCUUUUUUUGGAAGUAUUAAAUUUUUAAACUUUUUGAUAUUUCAGUAAAACCGCGAUAUAACGGACUAAUACGAGGAAGGGAGGAAAAUUUGUAUGGUGAAUAAUUUUAAUUCACACAAAUUCAGGCAGCUAUCAAUAUCGUUGCGUUCAGUCUACCUGGGUUUAUAUUUAUACUAAGGACAGUAGAAUUUAAAAAGACUGCUACAUCUGGGAACAGCUCGAAGGACCGUUCGUGACGUCAACCAUAACAGCUUUCUUCUUCUCCAAGAAGAAAAAGAAAGCUUAUAUAAAGGAUGUUCAACAUUUUCACCAGUUAGAAAUGCCAGAGAGUUUAAAGAAGAACAUAAUGGAAUUCAAACAUUUUCAAAAAGCGAUCUUAAUUUUUAUUUCAAUUUCAAUCGUCCAUGGGGGGAUUAAAAGAAGAACCGACGAAGAGGGAGAAUUUAAUAAACACCAGUACGACGUUGGAAAUGAUGAGCAUUUAAUAGAUUUUUAUACUAUUCCAAAAUAUGUGUUUAAAUAUGGUGUUAACGAUUUUUACACUGGAGAUAUCAAAUCACAGCAAGAAAGUAGAGAUGGUGAUAUAGUUAAAGGAAAAUAUUCUUUGGUAGAACCGGAUGGCUCUGUUCGUAUUGUUGAAUACACAGCUGAUAAACACAGUGGAUUUAAUGCUGUUGUCCAUAAAACGAAUCCAACAAUUGCAUCUAAUGAAGAAAAAGAGGAAUGAAAAAGAAGAUGGUUUUGUUAAUAAUUAUGGAAAUUUUAAGAAAAGUUGAGAAAACAAAAUUGUGAUUUUUAGAUAGUAAAGCCAUCAAUUUUACACAAAAACUAAAUUAGUUAUCAACAUA